AUGACGACUAAUAUGGAUAUUAUAACACCCGACGAAGAGGAUACCUCACAAGCACCCGUUUCUCCGGUGGUGUCAAAUGCUCCCAACAAUUCCGGUCUAAUGGUAGCUUUACAUCCGUUGACAUUACUGAACAUAUCAGAUCAUUUUACACGCAUCAAGAUGCAACAGGAAAUUCAAAAUCCGCAAGUCAUCGGAGCACUUAUGGGCACACAAAAUGGUCGCGAUGUUGAAAUUUCAAAUUCAUAUGAACUGGAAUUUGAUGUUAUCGAUGGGAAAGUGGUAGUAAACCACGAAUACUUUUUGACAAAAUCGGAACAGUUCAGCCAGGUUUUUCCGAAAUUUGAUUUCUUAGGCUGGUAUACCAUGGGUUCAUUCCCAACCGAAGCAGAUAUCGAAAUUCACAAACAGAUGAUGGAAUUUAAUGAAAGUCCACUUUUCCUUCAAAUGAAUCCUUUCGAGAUGGUCACUUCGAAAAAUCUUCCCAUCACCGUUUACGAAUCGAUAAUUGACAUUAUCGAUGGUCAAGCACACACGCUAUUCAUCAAAUCACAGUAUAAGAUCGAGACUGGUGAGGCUGAACGCAUUGCUGUCGAUCACGUUGCCCACACGGUUCUCGGAGAGGGAGGAGAGGGAUCUUCCCUUAUAGCACAUCUGACCACCCAGAGGAAUGCAAUUCAAAUGCUGCACACCAGAAUAAAGUUGCUCCAUCAAUACCUUGACCUGACUAAUAGCAAUCAAGCACCAGUUGACCAUGACAUUCUCCGUCAAAUUGCCGGCCUUUGUAAUCGUUUGCCCACUAUCGACAGUUUAGAUUUCAAACAAGAAUUCCUCACGGAAUAUAAUGACGUUCUAUUAACGUCAUAUUUGGCGACAAUAACCAAAGGAACAAAUUCCAUUAAUGAGCUUGUGGACAAGUUCAAUAUCGCAACGAGUGCAAAUAAACAAGGGGGACGUGGACGUCAUCAACAACAUCAGGGAUUUCCAAAUUUCUAG